AUGACGCGCGCGAGCAGCACGACCGCGAGCGACAGCGCGCGCGAUCGCGCGACGGCGACGACGAGCGCGAGCGGUCGGACGAGGGACCGCGAUGGACGAAGAAUUGGACGAACGACGCCGCGCGGUGCGAUCGCGAGCGCGCUCUUCGGCACGAAACCCGCGCUGUGGUGCUGCAUCGCGUUCGCGCUCGCGCAGAUGCUGUGCGGAGCGCCGUUCGCGUGGUUCGGUAAAGACGCGGGACAGCGGCUUUUCAACGCGGAAAACGCGACGAGGGAAUUCUUUUCGAUGUCCAUGUGGUGCACGGUGAUGCAUUUUAGAGAGGUGUUAGAGACUUUGAUGGUGAUUCGGUGGGGCGAUGAGGCGGUGCGAAUGAAGUGGGUGCAUCGCGCGGCGGUCGCGAAUUAUUUGCGGAUCGGGUUGUUGAUGUUCGAGGGGGCGCAAGGGCGAGGGCAGGGACGGGGGAACGCGACGUUGGUGGAUUUCUAUCGUCAGUCGUCGCUCAUGAUUUCGUUUGGACUGGCGGUAGUGUUUUGCGUGACGACGUCUUCAGGGAUUCCUCGCGUGAGACCGUUUUAUAAGCCGCGAAAUACGGCGCAUACGGUGAUGCUUUUCAACUGGGUUCUGUUGGCGCUGUACGGGGCGACAUUCGCGUUCGGCGAUCCGGUGCUUCUGUACUAUUUCAAAGUCGGUACUCGAUUCGAGUACGCGAUGGUAAAUCAUCUAGCAAUCGGCAUCCUAUCGUGUAUCAUCGGCCUUGCGGUGGCCAUGGCGUCGUUCCCGCCGAACUUGCAGGCAAAGUACUGCUUGCUGCACGGUGCGGUCCUUGAACCGCUUUGCAUGGGGGUGAUGUUCUGGCAAGAGAACGCCUACACAUUGUUACGAGAUGGUAUCGUGGACAGACAGUGGUGCAAUCACUUGUUCAUCAAGAUGACACUCGCCAUGCCAUGGAUGUACGGUUACCUCGCCUGCAGGGACUCACUAUCAAAUUCGAGAUCAAAGUCGAAGACUCGCUGA